AUGAGUGGUUCUGUUCAGAAAGAACGUCUGGAUUUUCCCGGACAAACUUUAGACAGGUAUUUUGUUGCAGAUGUUCGACGGCUUCCUGGAUGCAAAUGCGAGCCGCUGAGUCGGCAUCUAGAAUCGUUUCAGAUUAUUUGCGACGGUAACGAUUGCAUAGAGAUCCUAAAAUUUAUUACGUAUGUUCUCAACAAGAGCGUAGUGUAUUUCUCGGCUCAUUAUGAGGUCUCCGAAGAACCUCAGCGCUCGAUGGGACACUACGCCGGCGAAAACCUGAAAGUCCACGUCUUAUUUUCCAGUAAACCGUUUCAGCCUCUUCUGAUCUCCUACCUGUCGGUCGAGAGGGGUCGAAAGGAACAAGUCGUGGUUCAGAACGACGAAGACAGCUUCAACGACGGACCGUUCAGCGGCGACCUCGGCACAUCACCUAAAACGACGAUGGGCGAUCGCUCAGAACUGACGUGA